AUGGACGAUCAAGCGCAGUGGCGUGACUUGGAUUUGUUGUACGUGCACAGCGACACGUUACGCUGUGCAUUUACACGAUGCAUUGCUUGCUGCUACAAGAUCGUCUUGUAUAGUCGUCCAUGUCUGCUGUCUAAUGUACGUCCAGAGAUGUGUCUACGUUUAACAGCAAAGACCAAAGCAGAGCCGCCAGCAGCUGAAGCUUUUGAGCAUUUGAUCGGUCUAUACGAUGCAACAAAAGUAAAGCGAAUUCUGACGAUAGGAGAUGGUAAUUUCUCCUAUUCCUUGGCACUCGCGAGAGCGCUACGUCCAGAAACAGGCGUGCAACUCGUUACUACAUCGCACGAGAGCAGGACGACGGUAUUGGAGACGUAUCCGGACAGUGAGAAGAUCCUUGGCGAAUUGAAUGCCAUGACGAACGUAACGGUGCAACAUGAAGUGGAUGCUACGAAUGCUGAGCAGAUGAAAGCGCUGGGUCAGUUUGACCGCGUUAUUUGGAACUUCCCGUGUGUUCGAGCACCACGAGGAAAGGAUGGACAGAAUGAGGAGAUGGAGAUGAACAAGAAGCUAUUGCACGACUUUUUCUCCCAUGUGGAUCAGAUACUGACACCUAUUGGUGAAGUACAUGUUACACAUAAAACCAAGGCGCCGUUUGGUCAAUGGGGCAUUGAAAACAUCGCCAAGAUCAACAAACUUUGCCACAAACAAUCUGUCGUCUUUGAUCGAUGCUUGUAUCCGGGAUACACAAACAAAAAGGUACUCUCCAAAGGCUCGUUUCCUAUCUGGGAUUCGCAGACUUUCAUCUUUGUGCCUGAAGAACGGACGCAAGUGCUAGCUGAUGUAGCUAAAUGUGAAGAUGAGGAAAGCAGUGGAAUGCUCAAAGCAGUGACUAUGGAUAUUCUCAAAAAAGCGUAUGUGCUACUUACACCUUCGCUAGACGACAUGCUGAGUUCUAAAAAGAAGAAAAAGGGAUCGAAGGGCAACAAAAGCACUGUGAGCAGCAAGGGCAUUGUAAGCAGCAAGGGCAUUGUAAGCAGCAAGGGCGUAGUGAGCAGCAGCAACUGCAAGGAUGUCGGUGAUAGCCGCAACGACAACAACAAGAAUCAAAAGCGUAGACGACCUGCUUCUGUCCGCUCAAUCGGAAGCAAGCAGUCGAGUAAGAAAAAAAGCCGCAGGUCAUGA